ACUGUUAUUGUUCGGUUUGAAGAGUUGGGGGCGGUCGGAGCUUUGUUUUUAUUUUGGGGGCUUUAAGCUACCACUAGCAGGGUAAUUCCAGUCUAAAACACUCACCUGCAUACCUGGGCCGAGGUUUACGUAAAUAACGUAGCAUAAGUUUUAUCUAGGUAGUGGUAAGCUAACAAGUUAGGUCCCAAAGUAGCUGAUGGAUGCGCGGGUAUCGGAGUUAUUUGGCUCAGGAAAUGGACACGGCUCUGGAUCUCAAGGUGUUGCGUCCAACGGCAAACAGGGAAAUGGCUAUGGGUUAGCCCCCAAGAAAGCUUGUGGAAAGAACAGCAAGAAAUCCAAGGCUCGGUUCGCUCGCAACUUCAAACCAAGCAAUAACACUCCGUAUCUACCUCCAGAGGCUGAAGAGGGUAAUAUAGAGUACAAGCUGAAGCUGGUGAACCCCACGCAAUACCGCUUUGAGCAUCUGGCAACACAAAUGAAAUGGCGACUACAGGAGGGUCGAGGUGAAGCUGUCUAUCAAAUAGGUGUUGAGGACAAUGGCAUGCUGGUUGGACUAUCAGAGGAAGAUAUGAGGACGUCACUAAAGACGCUGCACAAGCUGGCAGAGAAAGUUGGAGCUGACAUUGCUGUUCUUAGAGAAAGCGAAGUGGAGUAUGACUCUGAUGUGCCUCGUAUGAUUGCUGAAGUUCUCAUUCGCAAGGUGCCAGAUGACCAGCAGUUCUUGGACCUACGAGUAGCUGUACUGGGUAAUGUGGACUCGGGCAAGUCCACACUGUUGGGUGUUUUGACACAGGGUGAGCUGGACAAUGGACGGGGAAGAGCGAGGCUCAACCUCUUCAGACAUCUCCACGAGAUCCAGACUGGACGCACUUCAAGCAUCAGCUUUGAGAUCCUUGGCUUCAAUAGUAAAGGAGAGGUUGUGAAUUACAGCGAGUCUCGGACAGCAGAGGAGAUUUGUGAGAGCGCCUCUAAAAUGAUCACAUUCAUUGAUCUGGCAGGUCACCACAAGUACCUGAAGACCACCAUCUUUGGCCUCACCAGCUAUUGUCCGGAUUUCGCUAUGCUGGUCGUUAGUGCAAAUACUGGCAUUGCUGGAACGACACGGGAGCAUCUUGGACUUGCUAUGGCCCUGAAGGUGCCCAUUUUCAUCGUCAUCAGUAAGGUGGACCUCUGUACGCGGGCCACAGUGGAGCGCACUGUGCGGCAGUUGGAGCGGGUCCUGAAGCAGCCGGGCUGCAACAAGGUGCCCAUGGUUGUAAGCAAUACCGACGACGCCGUCACAGCAGCACAGCAGUUCGCCCAGUCACCCAACAUCACACCCAUCUUCACAUUAUCCAGUGUGUCUGGAGAGAGUUUAGAAUUGCUCAAGGUGUUCUUCAACAUCAUCCCUCCUCUCAGCAACAGCAAGGAGCAGGAGGAGCUUAUGCAACAGCUAACUGAGUUUCAGGUGGAUGAGAUCUACACAGUGCCAGAAGUGGGGACCGUGGUGGGAGGUACUCUGUACAGUGGUAUUUGCCGUGAGGGAGAUCAUCUUGUAGUAGGGCCCACAGACUCGGGCCAGUUUCACAAAUUGAGCGUUGGGAGCAUCCAAAGAAACCGCUCAGCUUGCAGAGUACUCAGGGCCGGCCAGGCUGCGACACUCGCUCUGGGCAACUUUGACCGCUCACUUCUGCGCAAGGGCAUGGUGAUGGUGAGUCCAGAGAUGGAUCCUACCAUCUGCUGGAUGUUUGAGGCUGAGAUUGUGCUGCUCUUCCAUGCCAAGACCUUCCACAAGGGCUUCCAGGUUACUGUGCACAUCGGCAAUGUGAGACAGACUGCAACAGUGGAGGCUGUAUAUGGGAAGGAGGAGCUGAGGACAGGGGAGAAAGCAGUGGUUCUCUUCAAGUUCAUCAAGCACCCAGAAUACCUGAAGGUAGGAGCUAAGGUGCUCUUCAGAGAGGGCGUGACUAAAGGCAUCGGCCACGUCACUAAGUUGCAGCCCAUCGCCCAGUACCGGCCAUCCCAAAGCGAGGAUGACGAAGCCUAAAGUUUCCCUGAGAAAACAACCGAAAACACCGUCCCACCGCGAAAAAAAGGUGCUUUAUAAACAACCUCCUGCUUUCUCCAAAGGUCACUGUCCUGCUCCCUGCACAGUCAAUCCCUGUCACGGGAGUCUGUUUUAGCACCCUUUUCCAAAGCCUUGUUGUUACCAUCCUCCUCUUCAGCCUUUUAAAUAACUGCAAUUUUUGCCUGGUUUUGAGGUUUUAAGAGUGUUGCUUUUCCUGGCACUGUUAAGAGGAAACCCCUCCACCGCCUCUUUAACACACUCACUUAGCAACAUCUACCAAAGUGAUAUCGUCAAGGAAAUUGCUUGAUGUGCUGCUUACACAGGUUACACCUAAAUGCACUCCUAACACACACUUUGAAAAAAAGAGGCCCACAUUUACUUGCACUGAAACCUAAAUGCCAGUGUUGAUAUGCCUUUGGUAGAUAAUCGUUUACAAAGUAUGUUGCAAGUAUGAGAUGCUCGGACACGAAGGUGUAUCACCAGUGUCACUGUUGUCAUCACCCCACAGCAGCUUGUCUGUCUGACCAGCAUAGUGCCUGACUGAUAAGGAAAACCUCACUUGUUUUAUAUUAAACUUUUCUCUGAGAAACAGCUAAAAAGUUAUGAGAUAAUAGGAAGAAGACUGAAAUACUUGUCAGCUCUAUAUAAGCUAAAUCAUCUUGCUUCAAGCGAUAUUAUUGCUGACAAAGGCACUUUAUGAAGGUAAAGGAGAGCGCCGCAAAAUCUCCAAAGUUGGAAGUUGACCCAGUUUAUAUGUCAGCAUGCCAAGAUCGAUAACUCACAUUGGCAAUCACCUCGUAAGUGGUUUUGUUAUGUCACAUAUGUCUGUGGGAAUUAUGUUUUUUAUUCACAAAUAAUGCCUCACGAUAGCGCACUGAGAUGGUUAUGAUCUUGCUGCCUAUCUUUCAAGUGCUUUAGUUACUCAGGUCAGUUUAGAUAUUAGACAGCAUUCCACUCACACAGAAGGACUCCAGUGGAGGUUUCUGUUGCUGACUUUUGGGGGGUGGUGGGGUUAGUGGGGAGAAAAGGGUGUUUCUCUCAAAGAGAUGUUUGAUUAUUGACUAUAUAGUUCUUGAAGCUGCCCUACUGAAGCAGCUUUGUUUUAAAGCAAUGUGUUUGAGGUACUUGAUGUCAUCCGUCUCUUCACUUAUGUUACUGAUGUCACUAACUUUGACGGGGUUUAACACAGUGCCUAGUGGAACUACUGUUUGAGUAUCCCAUUACACCCCAACAUUUUACAACUAAAAGGUUGGUGCUACUUCUUGAAACAGCUUUUAAUAUUUAGAAGACAAGUUUGAAAAUGAAUGUUAAUCGCUACUCUUUGUUUAAGGCUGCUGUUGGCCUCAUCAUGUCUUAUCAUAGCACGUUGACGUGACUUAUGGAGUCAUUGUCCCACUGACACCAAUGAUAGAGGACAGCUGAAAUGUGUGCCCUGUUUCGUUGUAUCCACGUUGUUGUUAUGCAUUUUGUGCGCACUCAAAGAGAAAAAACUAAGAACGCAUUUCAACCAAAAUGUUUUAUAGCCUUUGUGAAGAGUUAUCAGGUGUUAGUUUGUUUAAAUGCAUCUGAGAAAUAUUUUAUAGAUUUCUGGUAAUCUCAGAUGUUACAAUUUAUUCUAUAAUGUUUUUCACUGUUUUCGGAAUCUUCUUAAUGACACCAACAGAUUUUCACUUUUUUCAAAUCACGUUUAAGAGCUUUUCCCUUUAAUUGAAAGUGUAAUAUUUUGAUUAUUUGGGUGAAAUGCAGUAUUUAUGUACAGAUCCAAUUUGUGUAUCAUGAUGUACAUGAAUAAAAGUUUUAUUGUCUCCUUAA